UCUCUGCCACAACUGAGUGAAGGGCAGAAGGAGCCUGCCCUGGCAUCAGCCUCCCACCAUUCAGAAGACCCAGCCGUGCUGAGCCUAGCCUCUGUUGGCAAGGCUCUAGUGCUCCCCAGUCAUGUCCUGGCAGAUCCCUGCAGUGGUGGUGCUCUUCGUGUCUCUGGCUGCGAUUUGGUAUUAUGACAGUCAUAGGAAAGCAAAAGUGUUUCCAGAAAUCACAGGUUACUCUUUACCUACAACAGAACAGGCCACAGUAAAACCUUCUCUCCUCCAACCAACUAACCACGUGCCUCACAAAACUGCAGCAGCAAGAUUGACAGAUGGUCAUGUCACCUCUCAGACAGUUGCCAAAACAUCCAACUCUGAGACCCUAACCACAAACACAACCAUAGAAGUUCUAGCAACAACUUCCCCAGUAACUACAAAGAGUACCCUACCAACCAGUCCAACAACCCACACCCUAGUCACAACCCUGGCCACAUCCAAUAAGUCACACGUGACUUUUCCAGUCACCGAGGCUAAAGUUGGCCUCAGUGUAGGUCCCAGUUCACCACCAGCCACUGUCAACUCAACAGCUCACACCACUAGAAACAGGCCAUCGACUGCCAGCCACACAACAGGGAAAACCACCCAACUCAGUAACCAGACCACCCUUCCAGCGACUUUGUCCACCUUGCCACACAACAUCACAACCAGUCAGAAACCUACUCAACCCACCCACACCCCAGGGCCAACCACAGCCGCACACAACACCACCCAAACGGCCUCGCCUGCCACCAUCGCUCCCAGGCCCACCCUUGCACCACAGCCAUUGUCACCCAAGACGGGAAUUUAUCAAGUUCUCAAUGGAAGCAAGCUGUGUAUCAAAGCAGAGAUGGGGAUACAGCUGACGGUUCAAGACUCCGUGUCGGUCUUUUCACCUCAGAAAUACUUCAACAUCGACCCCAAUGCAACUCAAGCCUCUGGAAACUGUGGCUCCCGAAAAUCCAACCUCCUUUUGAAUUUCCAAGGUGGCUUUGUGAAUCUCACAUUUACCAAGGAUGAAAAUUCGUACUACAUCAGUGAGGUGGAAGCCUAUUUGACUGUCUCAAAUCCAGAGAAAGUUUACCAAGGAAUGAAAUGUGCGAUGAUGAUAUUUGAGACUGUGGUCGGGCAUUCCUUCAAAUGUGUGAGUGAACAGAGCCUCCAGCUCUCAACCCACCUUCAGCUGAAAACAAUGAACGUCCAACUUCAAGCCUUUGAUUUUGAAGAUGACCACUUUGGAAAUGUGGAUGAAUGUUCAUCUGACUACACAGUUGUGCUUCCUGUGAUUGCGGCCAUCGUGGUUGGUCUCCUCGCUGUGGGUUGUAUUGUCUAUGCAAUCCGUUUAAAGCAUGAAUAUUCUGGAUACCAGAGAAUCUAAUUGGUGCCCAGGAGAAAAGAAAAGCAUGGAGUUUAGAGAACUCUUUCAUUGUUUCCAGGAUGUUGUGGACUUCCCUUGGAGUGUGGAUCCUCCCAACCAUGUAAACCAUCAUCUUUCACAAAAAACAAAAAAUCAUUUCUGAUGUAAGUUCAAGCAGCAUGUCAAUUUAAAAGUAUUUUUGUUUGUUUUACGAAAGAUCUGAGGAGUUAAGAAUAUUUCUAGUUUCAUUGAAAAUAUUUUAACCAAAGUCAAUUAUUAUUGUUGAUUGAAUCAAUAAGUUAAAUCAUCUUGCUAGAAAUAAUUUAUUUUGUUCUAUUCUCUAUUGCCACAUUAUUACUAGGUAAGAAAACCUACUUGAGAGAAACUGAACACUUGAGAUACAUUAAAUUAAUAAUGUAUGUAAGGUGGUAAAUACUCCAUAUUAUAAACCAAAGAAUCAAUUGUAAUUAAUGUUACCUGUGUUCACAUGGGAAAUUUACUUUACCCUUGAUCUUUUCCACUUUUAAAGCUGCUUCUGCUUUGCAUAAAAAAUAUACUUUCAGUACUUUUACUAUGUUUUGUGUGAUGUACAUCUGCCUGGCAAUUGACUUACUUCCUUUUCCACUUUAAAUGUUUCCUAAAAAUCCUCAAAAAGAGCAACAUAUCAUAGUGGUCUAGACUUUUGAUGUGACACCAAGAGGAAUAGAUCAGCUUAUAUUUUUGUCUUGACUCCUGCUUCAGAAUCACUGAAGACUAAGAAUUAGGUGGCUACAGACAAAAGAAUUAAAUAAGAAGCAAGAAACAUUAGUAAUGGCCCUUUGCUAUUGAACACAUAUAUGCCAGACGCUAGGUUAAGCAGUUGAUAUACAUCUUAUUUGAUUUCACAACUUAAAUAUGAGUAAACUCAGACUUGAGGAAUUUCCCAGCUAACAGGUGGCAGAGCCAUGUAAGUGUCACGUAGCUAACAAGUAGGAAAGCUUGAUUUGACUUCCUUCUGGUCUGGUACCAAGGUCUCAGUUUUUCCACUACCCCAAAUUGCAUACAAGAAUGAUGACACUAAGUGCUGUCUGAAGACUCAUGCAGGUAUAUGCUCCUUUUUACAGAGGAAAUGAUUUUAUCCAGAAUGACAAGCAAUUAGAAUACAUGAAAGGAGGACUUAAUAGAAAAUGAAAUGAGUAUCUUCGAUGAAGUUCUCUACUCCCUCAAAGAAAAUUGAGAGGCUCUGUAAAAUGUUUGUUUCCCAUUUUUAUGGGAUUGUUAAGCUGUGAGUCUAAAGAUGAAGAAAUGGAGUAAGCUUUUCAAGGUAUUUUUAUUUCUUUGAAUGAGAAAUCUAACAGCUAACCAUCUUUUCUUUCUUGAACAUAGAUCCCCCUCUUGUGGUAACUUGCUUCUUCUGCAGUUUUAUGGCCACAUUUUCUACUCUAGUUCAUUUUAUUCUGUAGAGCAACCAAGAAUUUUAUUCCUCUUUGUUCUUACUACCAAAGAAAGGAACUAAGUCAGAAUACUAACAGAAAAGACCACACACCCCUAGCAUUCAUUAGUAAAUGAAUAAUUCAAGUCACCCUGGAGGACACAGUCACUUUCCUGAUUUGCUCUCUUAUGUCUCAAUACUGUUGGCAAAGUCCUAACUUUAGUCUUAAUAGAAUAUUGAAUUGUAUUAAAAGUUUUGGUAAUAAAAACUUAUUUUUGAGAUUAA